UCAGUGGUGGCGGGUCAGUCGGUUACCAGUUGCCGUGUCGGUUAGAAAACGCCAAGCACAACUCCGUCGCGCCUAAAAUUUUUGCAAAACGCACAUUUCCUUUUUUCUGCCAUUGUUUUUUUUUUUGUGGCGGGGGUGUUGUGUAGUGUUUUUUGACGUGUCAUUUUUGACGAUAUUUAUUUUUAUUCUUGUUCCCGUUUACAUCGGGAAAGAAUAUUAGUAUAUUUUCCAGUGGAUGAUUCGACCACCAAACAUCGCCCAUGUGCGUCCAGUGAAGUGAGAACAGAAACGUGUGUGAGUGUGUGGUUGGAAUCGACUUUGAGUUGGUGUUUUCACCUGGAAACGGAGACACUUUUUUUAGUUGGCGAAAAGAAGAGUUUAAUCAAUUACAAAUUAAAAAUGGAUAUGACCUGGCAGCAAAGACAAUUUGUCCUCGUUUUGCUGGCGGUGGCGCUGAUUGUCGGUGUGACGACGGCCGUGGACGUCCGGGUCGGCGAGGACGUGACGCUCGAGUGCCGUUUCAACCCGGCGCUGAUGGACAAACGUCACACCUUCUACUGGAUCCGCGCCAACAUCAAAGAGAAGGACAACGUCGCCAUUGGUGAAUCGCCACUCGAGAAGAACUACCGAAUCAGUUUCAAGCCGGCCGAGGGCCAGUACGACUUGCUGGUGUCUGGUGCCACUUACGACCGCGACAAUGGCCGUUUUGAAUGCCGCCUCAAGGAACAAGGGACGGGCAUUGAAUUGCACAGCCAAUCGGUGGAUCUGGUCGUUUUGGUCCCACCGUCCGCUCCCCAAAUCAACCCCGUCAGUCCCGUAGCCGUCGAAGGACAACCCACUGAAUUGGUUUGUUCCAGCGCUGGAGGCAGUCCCGAUCCCGUUUUAAGAUGGUACCGGAAGGGAGAAGCGAAUCCGUUGGAAGGUGCGAUAACAAAACCGGGCGGAAGUCGAAGUGUGGCGACGCUAUCGACGCUGAUGGUCCGACCGCAAAAGGAAGACGAUGGCUCUGAAUACCGCUGUGUGGCCUGGAACCGCGCCAUGGACACCAACGACAAGAAAGAAGCCAACGUCGCACUCACCGUCAAUUAUGCUCCGAGAGUGCGUGUCAGUCCUAGCCCUUUGAGCGUCGAACGUGGCGGAUCUGUUCAGAUUCAAUGCCAAGUCGAUGCCAAACCGGCCGUCUACAGCGUCCGUUGGACUCGAUCGGGCCGUUUCAUCGCAACGAGUUUCAAUCACACGUUGCGAUCCGUCAGCCUCGAUGAUGACGGCGUCUACGUUUGUUCGGCCGAUAACGGACUGGGGCAAGUCGGAGAAGCUGAACUGCAAUUGGACGUCCUCCAUCCGCCCGUCGUGACCGUCAGCGAAGCUCGAAAGGAAGUGGACAUUGGGGCCAGCCUUUCCGUCCCUUGCAAUGUCUCGGCCAAACCGGCGCCGACCUCCAUCGAAUGGAUCAAAGAGGACGAUGUUCAAUUCAGAUCUAAUGGUCCAGUUUUGAGACUCAAUAGAAUCUCUGCCAAUGACAACGGCCGUUACGUUUGCCGGGCGACUAAUACGAUCGCAUCGGCCGAACGAUCUGGCAAUGCCACGUUUCAAUUGCUGGUCAAACACGAGCCCGGAACGGCCCGCAUUUCGCCCGAAGAGCCAAUCGCUGUCGAUGAAGCCUCGAUCACGUUGACCUGUGUGGCUGAUCCGCCCGGCUGGCCGGUGCCUCAAUAUCGCUGGUGGAAGGCCGGAGCCGAGGGCACGAUCUUGGGCACUUCAUCGGAACUGACGAUCCCCGUCGCCCGCCAGAACAGCGAAGGCACCUACUUCUGCCAGCCCAACAACGACCUGGGCACUGGCAGUUCCAGCUACGUCAACUUGCGCGUCUUCCAGCCGCCGCGUUUCAUCGGCCAGCUACCGCCCGUCCUGCAGAAGAAAGCGCAAGACGCUGAUUUUAAUAUGACGUGCUCUGCCCAGGGCAAACCGAAGCCAUCCAUCACGUGGCUCAAGGACGGAGUCGAGAUGUUGCCCGGCAGCAGUUCGGGCGCGUACGAAUUAGUGACGGACGAGUCUGAAGGUCGAAACGCCAUCUUUACCGUUCGUUCAACACUUCGUUUUCACGGCUCUGAACGACCGGCUUUGUCUCAAUUAACUGCCGAUGAUCGAGGUGUUUAUACUUGCGCUUUUGAAAAUCAAAUCCGACGCAUCGAGUCCACCUUGACGUUGAAGAUCGAACACGCGCCCAUUUUGCUGGAUCACCGGCCCAAAGUGGCCUCUAAUGUCGGAUCGUCCAGCGUCCAGUUGCUGUGCCAAGUCCAGGCUUAUCCGCGACCCAAUUUCGAGUGGUCCCUGCGCGACGUGCCCAUCAUCGGCGGCGACAGCAAAUACGAAAUGAACGUGACGUCGAUCACGACCAACGGCAACGACAUCUACCAGGGCAUUUUGCGCAUCAACGACGUCAAGGAAUCCGAUUACGGCGACUACGCUUGCAAAAUGUGGAACGCCGAAGGGGAAAACGCGGCCGCCGUCCGUCUGCAAGCGACGAGCGCUCCGGAGAAACCGACGAAUCUGCGCGUUGUCCAGUCUGGCUACGACUCACUGACCCUCGAGUGGGACGAAGGAUUCAACGGCGGAUUCGAAAAUACCAUUUACACUGUCCUCUAUCGGGCCGUUUCUUCGAGCAGCGAUGCUGGCCAGCAACAAGAAGACGAUUGUCAGUAUGCAAAUCCGUGUGUUAUUCGAGGCCUGGAACAGUUGCAAUCGUACACGUUCCAAGUGCGGGCGGAGAACACGAAAGGAAAGAGCGCAGUGAGCAACGCCUUAACAGCGUCUACCGUCGUCGAUCUGUCCCGCAUUCCCGAGCCGAAACAAGUGACGUUCGAGCCCAAAACGAAGACGAUCUCGUUCAAUGUCGACUCGCAAUUGCCUUUGAUGGCCAUGGUGGAGAGCCGCAUCGAAGGCGAUUGGGCCCUUUCGCAAAAGAUUUCCGUCCGAUCGCCCGUCAGCCGCGAAGUGCUGGACUUGGUGAAAGACGACGUCGAUGACGUGCGCAUUAAAUUGUGUCUCGAGAUGAACACGACGCUGUGCAGCGAGGCCGUGGUGGCCGUGACGGGUGACCUCAUUCAAGAGCCGACCAAAGCGCUGACUGAAUUGCCGGCCAAGUACAUGGUGGCCAUCAUCGUGGCUUGCGUCGUUGGAUCGCUCGUCUUUGUCUUGUUCGCCAUCUUUUAUUGCUAUCGUCGCAGACGGGCGCAAAAAUUAAAGAAGCUGCUGGAAAUGGAAAAGGCCCAUUCGGCCCGUCCCACCAUCGGCCAACAGCAACAACAACAGCAACAACCUCCUCCGCCUUAUUACGCUGGCCUGGAGAAUAAAGGACGCGAUCAGAGUUUGAUGAAUACGAGUCACGGCAGUAUGCUGGACGAUGCGGCCAGCAAGAACGCCCUGUACGCUACCCAAAAUGGUUAUGGAUACGCUGUGGCCAGCGCUCAGAAUAACGGACAUGCUAACGGCGAUUGGGUCAAUAUGGCGUACACGGAACACAGUUAUUCUAAUUCGAAUAAUGGCGGCUCGGUCAAUUCUCAAGACUCUUUGUGGCAAUUGAAAUUGGCUAGCCAAAAUGGCGGCGUUGGUGGAGUGAACGGAGGCGAUCACCAAUUGGGCAAUGGAACGCUGCCGGACAGGUCGUACCAUUACGACCCAAUGACUCACGGCGGAUACGGCGGAUUUGAAGAUUACAGUCACUACCCGCCCAGCACCGGCGAUGAUUACAUGCAGCGCAAUAAUUACGGCGUCGUGACGGCCAAUGGAGAUCCUUACGCCGCCGUCCAUAAAAAUGGAAAACGCAUGGAACAUCUCGAAUCAACAUAUCACAACGUAAGUGGCUUGCCAGAUCCCUACAUGGAGGCCGAGCCGGAGGAGGUGAAACAGCACCAACAACAGCAACAACAACAACAACAGCAAAUGGCGCCCCCUCAGCACCAUCUCUCGUUUGAUGAGUCGCUCGAGAGUGGCUACUCGACGCCCAAUUCGCGGAAUCGCAGAGUCAUCCGCGAGAUCAUCGUCUAGA